AUUAAAUAAUAGGACAAAUGGCAUUCUAUAUAUGGAGAUAAAGUUUUGUUCUAGGUAUGCUAUCCCUUCCAAUUCGGUUCCCACCUCCUAUAUAAAUCCCUUAAGAUGCAGCCAUUCCUGCACAUUACCUCACUACUCGUUAUACAUAAAUUUUGCUUUACUUAGAAUAAAAGAGGGGAAAAAGCCAACUCAAUACAUAACAAUUGUAUAAUGGCAACAAAGAAAAUUCAGGAAAAAGAAGUAGAAGCUCCCAUCCAUGGAGAUAUCUUAGAGGCCACACUUUCGUACGUGCCACUCAUUUACUUGGUGCCAGCCAGUUACGUGUCAAAGCAAUGGAACCAUGCAGUAUUGAGCUCCCUCCGCCAUGUCAACCCCGUGAAGCCGUGGCUCACGGUUCACACUCAAAACCCCCGAGCUCCCCACGUGACCACAACAUAUGCCUAUGACCCACGCUCUUUAACGUGGAUCCAAAUUCACGCGCCACAAAUUAAUCACACCCCAGCUUUACGGUCAUCACACUCCACGCUCCUUUACACACUUUCUCCAACUGAAUUUUCCUUCUCCUUUGAUCCGCUCCACCUUACGUGGAACCACGUGCCAUCACCACGUGUUUGGCGUGUGGAUCCCAUUGUUGCACGUGUGGGAAAGUGCAUCGUUGUUGCUGGUGGGGUAUGUGACUUUGAGGACGAUCCUUUAGCAGUGGAGAUCUACGACAUGGAGUCUCGUGAUUGGAUUCGGUGUGAAUCAAUGCCGGAGAUGAUGAAGGAUACCACAGCGUCGAUGUGGCUCUCUGUUGCCGUUGCCGGUGAGUUUAUGCACGUGAUGGAGAAAAACUCAGGCACAAUGUACUCAUUUGAUUGUAAAAUGAUGACGUGGCAAGGACCUUAUGAUCUACGAGGAGAAGAGAGCGUAUUUCACUACGAGACGGGAACAUUGAAGAAUCGUUUGGUGGUUGUGGGAAUAGUAGGUAACGCAGAAAACAUGAAAGGAGUGAAAGUGUGGGAAGUGAAAGAGAAAUUAGGAUUAUGGUUAAAAAUGGAGAAAUUAGGUGUGAUGCCGAGCAAAAUGGUGAAGAAACUACGAGGCAACAAAAGUGAAUUGUUGAAUACGAUUAAGUUGAUUUCUAUAGGAGACUUGUUGUUUGUUCAUAAUCCGUCAGAACCAGAAGAGAUGGUGGCGUGUGAGGUUUCAAAAAAAGGAGGGUGUGAGUGGUGGAGCGUGAGAAAUGCAGUGGUGAAUGAUGAGACAAAAAUGGGAAGAAUUGUAUUGUGCGCCGGUGAUGUGUGUUUGGAGGAUUUAAAGAGCGCGGUUUUAAGGGAUUGUAAAUUUGAAUUGAAACAACUAUGAAAACGAGUUGAAACUUGAAAAAGAGAAAUCAAUUUUCAGAAAAAGAAAGAGAGAAAUUUAUUUCAAAAUAUAAAGUAAAUGAUCCACAAAAUCAAAUUAGCGAGGGACUAAAGUGUAGAUUUUAACUUAAGAGGGGAGGGGAAUGUAAUUCAAGCUUCUCUCAAGGGAGGGAAAUGUAAUAUUUUCUAAUAUGUUUUGAAUAAGAGAUGAGGG